AGUGGCAAGAUUUGUGCGACAUUGAACUGCGAAUUCAAGAACCGACACAACUUUUCUAAGAAUGAGGAGCUUCAUCAUAAUCGUGGUGCUGUCAGCACUCGCAGCCUGCUAUGGUGCUGCUGUUCUCCCGGGCGAGGCGAACAUGUUCUCAUCUUUCAUUCAAGAGCAAAUGUUAGAUGGUUGGACCGUGGAGCACAAUGAAGAAGAUGUGGCCCAGAACAGAGUCACGCUGAGUAAAGGAGACGCCAGAGACGAUCUUAUAUUUUUAUUUGAACGAGCAUGCUACGUACCAGCCACACCGAACGACGUUGGGCGCUGCGACGUAGUAUACUAUGGUGAACCCAAUAUCAGAAUCAGGCGUAUAACGAUUUCUAGUAGCUGGCCCCCACCUGCUUAUUCUCAUACUAGUGGGUUAACGACGAAUGUUGGUCGCGUAAGACUGAUAUCCCAGAUAGGUGAAAGACUUCAUGCAGUUGUCAGAAUGUAUGGUUUAAUAAAUGAGGAUAAUAACGAAUCAUAAGCUUUGAGAUCACUAAUACUGGUAUGAAUUCUUUUGUUUAUUAAACGGUUUUUUAUUAAACAGUUUUAUUAUUAUUAAAAGGUUUUAUUUAGCUCA